CGACAAUAGUAAACAGAUUUAUACCGAAUUUUAUUUCGGUUAUCUGAUGAAAAAUCUCAAAAUAUAACGUAAUUUUGCGUUUGAAGCAAUUAAUAAAGCACAAUGGAGGAACAAAAAAUUAAACAGUAUUUUUUGAAAAUUAUUAAAGAAGAGGAGGAUGUUUCUAUAGGGGUGGCUGCUAUUAGAACCUUAUUAGAAAUUAUUAGACAGUCAAAAUCUGAAACUGUUCAAGAAUUAGAGUUAAUAUUAAAAGAUGCUAUCAAUAUUAUGAAAAAUCUCAAUAUACCGGUAGCUGGAAUAACAUCGGGUUGUGAAUUAUUUCUUAGGUUUAUCACUUUAACUACCCUAGAUGCUUCAUUAAAAGAAGUUAGAGCAAGAAUGUUGGAAAGGGGUCAAAUGUUUUUAAAAAAAUUGAACGAAUCCAGAAAUAAAAUAGUCAGGAUUGCUUCUGAUUUUAUUCUUGAUGGUUCUUCCAUUUUGACUCAUUCACGAUCAAGAGUGGUUUUACAGACUUUGAUUGAAGCUUCAAAACAACAAAGGCAAUUUCAUGUGUUUGUUACUAUAUCAGCUCCAGAUGACAGUGGAAAACAUAUGCAUAAAGAUUUGGAAGCAGCUGGUAUCCCUUGUACAAUAAUUUUGGACUCUGCAAUUGGUUACAUAAUGGAACAAGUAAAUUUUAUAAUGGUGGGGGCUGAAAGUGUAGUGGAGAGUGGUGGAAUUGUUAAUAAGGUUGGAAGUUACACAAUGGCAGUGUGCGCAAAAGAAAUGAAAAAACCUUUUUAUGUUUUGACGGAGAGUUUUAAGUUUACAAGAUUGUUUCCUUUGAAUCAAACUGAUUUACCUGCUGAGUAUAAGUACAAUUCGGAAAAACGUAAAAACAUCGAUUUACAAAAGGCGCAUCCUCUCGUCGACUACACUCCGCCAUCUUACAUAACCCUACUUUUCACGGAUUUGGGCAUUUUAACUCCAUCGGCCAUCAGCGAUGAAUUAAUUAAGCUUUAUUUAUAAAUAUUUGUUGUACUUUUAAGUUUUUAAAUAUAACUUUUUUAUGAUAAAAAUAUGCC